AUGCAUCAUCCAUUUCAAGAAUACUUUGGACAGGGUCUAGCCAAUGAAAAUCCAACGCCAAACUACCCUGAGAAUCUCAAUUUACAGAGCCCACAGCACCAUAAAAACACUGGACCGAGUGUUUCGCAGCCUAUAAGUGUCAAUACUGGAUCAGAAUAUCUGUCAAAUCAAUUUCAUCCUAUGAUCGAAAAUGGCUGGAAUCGACCUUCACCUAUGUCAGCUAAUGGAUCGAAUGGAGGUCAGCCGAUAGGAUUCAAUCACUUCAAGUCAUACUAUCCGAACCUAAGGAGUCAUAAUAUAAGCGCAAAUACACUUGUUCCCAUCGAAGAAAGCGAACAGAGUUCUCAGCAGUGGCGUGAAGCUUUCCAAGAUCAACUAAAUUUCAAUGCUCAAUUCCAACAACCUAACGUAAAUGCUGGUCAAAUUUUGCCUCAAGCCACAAUAUUCAAUGCUCCGACACCAUGCCAACUACAUCAAUGGGUCAAUGGAAGUUUAAGAACAUUUGCACCCAUUGCAGCAUAUGGCCCAAAUCCUCAGCAGGUACAGGGGGAGUUCGAUAAUGGACUGGGCUUCGGGCGUCUAGACUCUAACGGUGGCUAUGCUCCACAAUGCAGGAUACCACUAUGUAAACUACGUGCUCAGUUGACUUCAAUAGCUCGUGAGAUCAAGCUAAGAACUGUGGAGAGUAUAAGUGCAGGUUCAGAACAUGCGCAACCUCAGGGAAACGAAAUAUUCUUUAUGCUCUAUCUUACCUGUGCUCCUUAUACUGAUCUGCAAAAGGUUGUUUUAGGGCAAUAUUUCCUACAAGGAGGAUGCGUUUGGUAUACCAACCUUCCUCCUCCAGCCCCCAAGAUUCUCACGUCAUCUCGGGCCACAAAUUCGUUUCUUUCGAGCCCUAUCCCGUUUAAGCUAGACACGAGCAAGAGAAAGGGUCAAACAAAUGAUGGAAUUGAUGGAAACCAAUGCGCUCCUAAGGAAGUAAGUCCAAUCGAUACUACAGACCGGGACACUGCUCUUCAUGAUCCGAACUACUUUGAGCUCGAUGACGUAGGUUACCCUGCUCCUCUGGACUCUGGAGGUAGUCUCGUUGAUCCAGACUAUUUUGAUAUUUGUUCAGAGUACUCUCUUAGUAUCUCAAUAAAUGAUGGAGGUUCUCGUUCUUCAUCUCCUUCCCACAGGCCUGGAAAAUCGAAUGGUAGUCUCUCAACACCCCUCAGGCGAGUCCGUUCUCUUUCACCUUGUGCGCCGGUGUUUGUCCCCUCGAGCGAAGGUCAUCAACCAGUUUCGAGUGUCAAUGAAGAUCAUGGACCGCUGGAAUCUCCAGACAAUAAAAUAUCAUCAAAGAGUCAUUCUGAACCAGCAAAAGCUAGAAUUUACUCUCCAUGUAUGAAACGUGUUUCGCUUGUGGAUGAGAAGAUGCUUACAGACCCUUUUGUCUCCAAAAAUUCAUCAAUUAAAACCACUCCGUCUGUGAGAUACAUUCAGCGAGAUCGAUCCUACUUGUCGACUCCGCCGACUCCCAUUAGUCCUUUCCUUCACACUAGCCCAUCCGCUCUCGGUAGUCCAUCCCCUAGAGAACGAUCUGUUGCUCCGACACCAAUGGAGAUCCUUAGUAACAUCUGUUUCAUCCGUACGAAGCCCGGCUCAGGAAUAAGGAUCUGCAUCCUUCCGGGUAAUACCUGGGUUGAUCUUCCCCAGAUAGGGAUUCACCACUAUGACCAAGAUUUACCAGAAAUACAUUAUGUGAUGGGUUCUGCAAGCUGGUUCUACUCACAGCCAUGGGUUCCGAUAUUAUAUCAGGAGAUUCUUACUCGUAAAUCAUUGAAAAGGUUUGAGAAACUCAAAGAAGCGGCAACGCAGUCUGUCCUCGAGCUAUCGACUAUACCAACUGGAUAUGUAGACUUUUACGGAAAACCUAUUUUUUUUCAAGCAGGCAAUUCUAGGCCUGAGCCUAAAGCAGUAUCGUGCCCCAGUGGCGACGACUUGGGUGUCAACUGGAAUGCGACACCGGCCGAAAGGAAGAGGAUUAAAUUAACCAAGUUAAGACAAAUGUGGGAAGAGUGGCAAGAAAGAGCGCGGGAUGCAAGGUUCUUUUGGCAUCUUUGGGAGCAAUGGGGCCAAAUAAAGGGCUGGACAGAUGAACAUACCAAACGCGGAGAUAAUGCAAAGGGAAAAGAGGUGGACAUGCCGGAUCAUUAUAAAUUGAUGAAGAUAGUCAUGUUCACGUCUAAGAAUGGAUUUGGCACCAAACAGAUUGGCCCCGAGGACAAGAAGAAAAUUUGA